CAGGUGGCGGCAAAGACGCACCGCGCUUUGGGUGCAGGACGACGCGGGGCGUCCUAGGAGACCAGCCUGGGAGGAAGAGUCUGGGGAGGAGGGCGCCUUCAUUUUAUAUUUUGAUUUUUAAUAAGAGCGAAGGAAAGAGAGAGAAGGAAGGGAGAGAGGGGGAAGAGAGAGAGGCGGGUGCGCAGGUGCAUCCCAAGGAACGUGGGAAGAAGGCGGUCUGGAGGGGAGGAGGAAGCCUAGAGUGCGCACGCGCGUCCUGGCCGCCGCCUCGCCUCGGGAGCCUCUGGCCUGCCAGCGGAGAGAGGAGCGCCUUGGACAGGACUCUGCCCGGGAGCUCGAGGUCUCGCUCAGCUGCGCGGAGGGGCUGGGGAACCGGCCACCCCGCGCGGGGCAGUCGGGGCCAACAUGCCGAUCAAUAAAUCAGAGAAGCCUGAAAGCUGUGACAAUGUCAAAGUUGUUGUUCGAUGUCGACCCUUCAAUGAAAGAGAAAAAGCAAUGUGCUACAAAUUGUCUGUUAACGUGGAUGAGAUGAGAGGAACUAUUACAGUGCAUAAAACAGAUUCUUCAAAUGAACCUCCAAAGACAUUUACAUUUGAUACAGUUUUUGGACCAGAUAGUAAACAACUUGAUGUUUAUAACUUAACAGCAAGACCCAUUAUCGAUUCUGUUCUAGAAGGCUACAAUGGUACUAUAUUUGCAUAUGGACAGACUGGAACUGGAAAAACAUUUACCAUGGAAGGUGUACGAGCUGUACCUGAACUUAGAGGAAUUAUCCCAAAUUCAUUUGCUCAUAUAUUUGGUCAUAUUGCAAAAGCAGAGGGGGAUACAAGGUUUUUGGUUCGAGUAUCUUAUUUGGAAAUUUAUAAUGAAGAGGUACGGGACCUUCUAGGAAAGGAUCAAACACAGAGAUUAGAGGUUAAGGAAAGACCUGAUGUGGGAGUUUACAUCAAAGAUCUGUCAGCUUAUGUGGUAAAUAAUGCAGAUGAUAUGGAUAGAAUUAUGACUUUAGGCCACAAAAAUCGUUCUGUUGGUGCAACUAAUAUGAAUGAACACAGUUCCCGUUCCCACGCUAUAUUUACAAUUACCAUUGAAUGUAGCGAAAAAGGUAUUGAUGGAAAUAUGCAUGUUCGGAUGGGCAAACUACAUCUUGUAGAUCUUGCUGGUUCAGAAAGACAGGCAAAAACUGGAGCUACUGGACAGCGACUGAAAGAAGCAACAAAAAUUAACCUGUCACUCUCCACUCUGGGUAAUGUCAUUUCUGCCUUGGUUGAUGGAAAAAGCACUCAUGUACCCUAUCGAAAUUCAAAAUUGACUCGUCUUCUUCAGGAUUCCUUAGGAGGAAACUCAAAAACCAUGAUGUGUGCAAAUAUUGGGCCUGCAGACUACAAUUAUGAUGAGACUAUCAGUACAUUGCGAUAUGCUAACCGUGCUAAAAACAUUAAGAAUAAAGCUAGAAUUAAUGAAGAUCCAAAAGAUGCUCUACUUCGCCAAUUUCAGAAAGAAAUAGAAGAACUCAAAAAAAAACUUGAAGAAGGGGAAGAGAUUUCAGGCUCUGAUAUCAGUGGGUCAGAAGAUGAUGAAGAUGAAGAGGCUGAGGCUGGAGAACAUGGAGAAAAAAGGAAAAAGAGAAGGGGCAGUAGCAGCAACAGUAGUUCAGAUUCUACAUGCUCUGUCAUAGAGAAACCCCUGGAUAAAUCCUUGACUAAUCAAGCAGGUAAAAAGAAGGUUUCCCCAGAUAAGAUGGUUGAAAUGCAAGCAAAGAUUGAUGAGGAGAGGAAAGCACUUGAAACCAAACUUGAUAUGGAAGAAGAAGAAAGAAAUAAAGCCAGAGCUGAACUAGAAAAAAGGGAGAAAGAUCUUCUUAAAGCCCAACAAGAGCAUCAGUCACUUUUGGAAAAAUUAUCUGCACUAGAGAAGAAAGUGAUUGUUGGAGGUGUUGACUUGUUGGCUAAAGCUGAGGAGCAAGAGAAACUUCUGGAGGAAUCUAAUAUGGAACUAGAAGAAAGAAGGAAAAGAGCAGAACAACUUAGAAAAGAACUUGAGGAAAAAGAGCAAGAACGCCUGGAUAUUGAAGAGAAAUAUACUAGUUUACAGGAAGAAGCUCAGGGAAAGACCAAGAAGUUGAAGAAAGUUUGGACGAUGCUAAUGGCUGCAAAGUCAGAGAUGGCAGAUCUUCAACAGGAACAUCAGAGAGAAAUUGAAGGUCUUCUGGAAAACAUUAGACAGCUUAGCAGGGAACUUAGACUUCAGAUGCUUAUUAUUGACAACUUUAUUCCUCAAGAUUAUCAGGAAAUGAUUGAAAAUUAUGUUCACUGGAAUGAAGACAUUGGAGAAUGGCAGUUAAAAUGUGUUGCUUACACAGGAAAUAAUAUGAGGAAGCAGACUCCAGUACCUGAUAAAAAGGAGAAAGAUCCCUUUGAAGUGGACCUUUCCCAUGUUUAUUUAGCUUAUACUGAAGAAAGCCUGAGACAAUCUUUGAUGAAAUUGGAGAGGCCACGCACUUCAAAGGGAAAAUCAAGGCCCAAAACUGGAAGAAGAAAGCGUUCUGCGAAGCCUGAGACUGUCAUUGAUUCUUUGCUUCAGUAAACAUUUACAGAUCUGAAACCACAAUAAAAUGAGCAUAUGUUCUAAUGGUUGGCCUAGCUAUUUAGUUUACUUGAGAACAUUGAGGAUUUUCCUGUAAUUUGAUACAGCCAGAGCUAUAAAUAAAUGCCUUACUCUGGAGUAAGAAUUAGAAAUGAUCUUUUGUCUUCAAGUACUGUUAUGCUGUAUAUGUUAUAUUAACAUAACAUGUUCAGACAGCAUAUCUAGUAGUUGUUAAGUUGUCAUAAUGUGCACUACUACUAUUUGUUUUGUGCAGGAAAAUUUGAAAGACCAUAUUGUACAGAAUGACAGUGUUAGAUGUGUAUGUAAAGUCAUGAGCUAUUUACCCAAUACCUUCAUAGAGAGAGCCUGAAUUUUAAGACAUGAAAAAGCUAAAUGUCAUGUCAUGCCUUGCACAUAGAAACUGGCAGCUUCAAGUAUCCUGUGUUGUAUUGUGUUUGAAUGUGGUAGCUUUCAUCUAUGAUAUGGCUUUUUCUGAACACUAAGUCUUCUUUCACUAUUUAAAUACUUGCUCAUUACAUUGGUUGUAUUUGCUGUAGUUAAUGUAUAAAAUGAAGCAGCUCAUCUAAAGAAAACAGAACACACAUCUUUAUCAUGCCCACAAAUGAUGUACACUGACAAUGUACUCCUUCCUCCUUUCCAACCUUUCUGUACCUCCAUUGUUUUACUGCUAAUUUAAAUUCAAAUGAAACAUACGUUUUUGUUUGGGCUAAUAAAGGUAGCAAAGCCUGUGGAUUUAUAUUUUUAGUGAAUUGUUGCUAAUUUAAGGGUGCCACAUUUUUCACAACAAGUAACUAGAGUUAGAGAAAUUAUAGGAGAUCAAAUAAGUUACUAAUUUAAAUGGACAUUUUAUUGCCUACCGCUGAGAUCCUAUUUGAACUACGGGUAGGUGAAUUGAUGUUUUGACUGCAUCUGAGUCUUAAUUUCAUUUUUUUUUUUUUGGCGGGGCAAUGAGGGUUAAGUGACUUUCCCAGGGUCACACAGCUAAUAAGUGUCAAGUGUCUGAGGCUGGAUUUGAACUCAGGUCCUCCUGAAUCCAGGGCCGGUGUUCUAUCCACUGUGCCACUUAGCUGCCCCUUAAUUUCAUUUUAAUUACUCUUUACAUUUUGCCUGAAAGAAUUCUCAUUCUUCAGAAAACCUCACACACUUAAUGAAUAAACAAACUUAACAGAAAUUAACUAUUGACAAAAGAAGUCUAUUGAGAGCUUUGCAGAUUCAGUUGGUGUUGCCUUUGAGUAAAAAAACCAAACAAAAACACUCAUCCUGAAGAUGUUUAGAGGAGAAUGACUUCUUCUCAAGCCCAUUCUUCAAGCUGGAGACUUUAAUUUCCCUUCUUCAAAUUUCCUGUGCUUUGGAAGUAUGGAGCGUACACAUUUACCUCUUCUGACAUAGUCAUUUGAGUGAUGCCAUCUCCCUAUUUAAAACUGGUCAGUUUUUAGUUAGGAUUAAAAAAAUGUACAAAGUACUUUAUUAGAAACUCAUUGUUCCUCUAAUGGUUGGUCACCUACUUACAGAACUGAUAGUUGUUUGUUUUUUGGAACAUUGCACUUCUACUAACCACUAGCAUUUUAAUUUUUUGUGUGAAUUUUUAGACUUAAAAAAAGUAUUGUUAACUAAGGCUAAACCACCUUGGUUUCAAAUGUCUUAAAUCUUCAAAAAACGGUAUUUAUUAACAAGAUUUCAAUAAGCAUUUUAGAUGUUCAUUUAUGAUUUUUUUUCUUUUUUGAAAGUAACUAAAGGUGUGAAAAAUUGAUGAGUUACCUCCAAGAAGGACGAGCACUGAGGUCCCUGAGUGUGAUGAGUAUAAUGUGUGUUCUCUUUGUAGUAUGUGAGAUAUUUUAAAAUCUGUAGUACUUCCUCUUGUAGGAAAUAUGGCUAAAAUACUGUGAAGACUUUCCUGAAAAACAGUGUCAGUAAGAUUCCUUCACAGUUGACAUGUUUGUCAGAGACCUUUCAGGCACUGGAGACCAAGUGGCACUGAGGAGAGAGAAGUAAAUCUGGGGUCAGAGGGUGUGGGUUUAAAGCUAGGCCUGGGACUAAUCACCUUUGUGAUCUUGAGAAAGUUGUUGAACCUCUCUGAGCCUCAGUUUUCUCAUUCCUAAAUUGAAAGUUCUGGUCCCUUCCAGCACUAAAUCUAAGCUCCUAUGUACUCUGGGAGAAAUUUCUGUGGAGAAAUCUUUCUUGUCCAGUAGAAGCAUAGUUAAUAUUUUUCUUUUCCUUUUAAGAAUAUAUUCUUUUUGGGGCAGCUAGAUGGCACAGUGGAUAGAGCACCAGCCCUGGAGUCAGGAGGACCUGAGUUCAAAUCCAGCCCCAGACACUUAACACUUACUAGCUGUGUGACCCUGGGCAAGUCACUUAACCCCAAUUGCCUCACUAAAACAAAAAAACAAGAAUAUAUUCUUUUUCAGCCUUUAACUCAGUGAAAAAAGUUUGCUAUAAUAAGGGAAGUAUUUUUUAUUAUAAUAGUAUAACAUAUAAUAGCUUACUUUAUAAGGUCCUUUAAAGUUCCCAAAACCCUUCAUGUACAUUUUCAUUUGGUCUUCAACAAUCUUUUGAAGUAGGGAGUAUUUGUAUUAUUAUCCCCGUUUUACUAAUUAGAAAUUUAAGGCUCAGGGAAGCAGGUAGUAUUUUGCCUAAUGUCAUCCAGAGCCAGGAUUUGAAUCCUAGCCUUCCUUACUGACAAUACAGCAUUCUUUUCAUUGCACUAGAACAUAGGAUUACUUCCUGUGUCUUUUUCCCUUCAAAGUACAACUCAAAUAAAAGAAAAACUGAUAUAUUUUCAGUGAUUAAGAAAAAUUUAGGUGUAUAUGCUCACACUGUUUGCUGUAGAUGACCAUUAUAUUUUUGGCUUCAUAAGACAUCGAUGUUAGAUUUAUUGAACUGUCAGAUUUGAAGCAAGGGAGGGACUGAAUUUUGGGUCAUUCAAUAGUUAUGAUAAAAUUUACAAAACUAUUAUGCUAAAGUGAAAUAAACUUAUAAGGCUCACUACAUUUAAAAAUCCACAGGCUGAGUUUGUAGUGACUUCAGUGAUAAUUCCAUGAAAGUGCACAACACAUAGACACUCUUAUUGGGGGGGGGGGCAGGGCAGUAGGGGUUAAGUGACUUGUCCAGGGUCACACGGCUAGUCAGUGUCAAGUGUCUAAGGCUAGAUUUGAACUCAGGUACGCCUGAAUCCAGGGCCGGUGCUUUAUCCACUGUGCCACCUAGCUGCCCCUAGACACUUAAAAUGAGUGGACUUAUCCAAUACCCAGAUAAACUUGGUCCAAAAUAUAAAUAUUUAGGUUCUCAAAUAAGUAUUUCUUCUGUUCUCCCUUUGAUUUAAAAAGUAAUAAGAAUUAUUUAUUAAAAGUAAUCUUGACAACAUUGAUAGGGUGGAAGUUAUUAUAAUUUGUGAUUGCAUAACCUUUAUUAUGGUAUUAAAAUAUAGUGGCGGUCUCCAUAUCAUACAUAAUUCUCCACUCAAUUUAAUACUAGUUAACUAAAACUCUUCAGAAUAUGCACACAGGAUGUUGUAUAUUUUUCUCAUAAUCACAGUUGUUAGUUGGCAUGUCUGUCAAAACCUGGGUGGGUGAGGGGACGGAUAGUUUUUUUAUUUUUUAUUUCUCCAAUAAAAGCAUUUUGAUACUUUAAAAAUUAGGUGCAAUUAAAGUCCUUUUAAGCCUUGAAUACUUUGCUUUUAUAUGAUUCAUUUUACCUACAACACAUUUUGGUUUUACUAUUUCUUAUGCCUUAUUGUUUUCUUUUGCUUUAUAAUUUGUUUUUAAUAAUUUCUCUUUCCCCUGAAAUUGUAUUUUAAAGAAUCUCCCUUAUUUCCCUACAAGGAUAGCUUAAAGAAAGAUCUGGUUUCCCAUUAGAACUUACUGGUGUUUGGUCAAGUUUUAAUGUAUGUUUAUACUUUAAUGUUAUUUAAUUAUUCCUGGUUCUAAAAUGCUAGAAAAGACAUAUCCCUUAGUGCCUUUGAUGAAUUUACACUGUAGUCUAAACAUAUUGGCAACAAUGCUGUGUAUGAGCCCUAAAUAAACGUUGUACAGUUAGGUUCAGUUUUAUUAUUUCAUUAAUUUUGAAAGUCAUAUUUGUUUAAUUUUUAUGUAAAAAUUUUAUUUAUGUUGUAAAUACCAGUACUGUAUGUAUACAUGCAGCAUGUUCAUCCUGAUGAAUAAAAAUCUUAAGGUUAA